CCGCCCCUCCCUGUUUCUUCCUGCUUACCAGCGACAGACCUGAGCCGAGCGAUCCCAGGUUGCUGGGUAGGUGAUUGCGGCAGCUUAAAUCCCAAAUGAAAAUGUUUGAGAGUGUUGAUUCUACAGCUACAAGAUCUGGCAGAGAUCUCUGGGCCGAAAUCUGUUCUUGUCUGCCAAAUCCUGACGAAGAUGUUGCCAACAAUGCCUUCUCGGACUCCUUUGUGAAUUCUUACCCUACAGGUGAAGGCCAGAGGGAGGCAGAAAACUUUGCAGUCCAGCCAGCUAUAAAGCCCUGGGCUCCCUUGCAGGAUUCAGAAGUAUAUUUAGCAUCUCUAGAGAAGAAACUUCGAAGAAUCAAAGGUUUAAAUGAGGAAGUCACUUCCAAGGACAUGCUUCGAACCCUGGCCCAAGCCAAGAAGGAAUGCUGGGAUCGGUUCCUCCAGGAGAAGUUAGCAUCUGAGUUCUUUGUAGAUGGACUUGAUUCCGAUGAGAGCACCUUGGAACAUUUCAAGAGGUGGCUCCAGCCAGAUAAAGUAGCCAUCAGCACAGAGGAGGUCCAGUAUCUGAUCCCUCCAGAGUCGCAGGUUGAGAAGCCAGAGGCGGCUGGGGACAAGCCAGCGACAGCAGAACAAUAAAUUACAUACACACAAGCUGAGCAGCUGUCUCAGGUCCAGAGGGAACAGCAGAGAGCUCAGUGGCAAUGGCAGUAAGGAGAAAUCCAGGGAGGGUAAAAGCCCAAACCUCCACUCCACAAAGCAAACAGCUGCAGGCCCCUGAGGACUUGCUUGGGGCUGGCAUGUGUGACUGUCUUGGAUGAAGUGACUGACCCAGUGAGUGCUGGAUCAGAAUACUGCUUUCCUCUGUGUCUCAGCUUGACUGAGCUCUGUUGCUGGUUAAAAUUCUGAUGAGGAUCUAGUGAAGGACUGGGUGUAAAAGUACUUGGAGACACUGAUGCCCUUGUGUAUUAUGUUAAGUGAGCCACAUUUUUUCUUGCCUCUUCUAUAUCCCAAGUAUUCCCUUGGUGAAUUGUCAGGGGUGAGUGGGGCUAAUGAGAGUGAAGUCAGCUGCCUUGAAUCCAAGCCCAUGUGGAGCUUCCAUAACAAAUAUGUAGGAAAUAGAGGGACUCUGAAAAAAGAGGCUGGGCUUUUCCUUUGUCUGAUUUUUGCCUUGUGGAGAAAAUGGGUGAAAGAAGUGUGAAAAUGUGGGUGUUUAUAUCUGUGUAUAUACAUAUUUUUAUUUCAUGCAUGGUUUCUUCCCCAACUUCUUCCUGUGCCAGUUUCCAAAUUAGAUUUGUAAAUAUGGUUUAGUGCUUGACACUACUCCUGAAUAGUUCCAAACUUUUUCCUUGUCACAGUUUUCCUGGCUGAGCCUGCACUUUCUUCCUUGUUUAUCAUACUCUUAUUCAUAUAAACAUACAAAAUAUC